AUCCUAUGUUAAAUGGAAGUUCUACCCUUGAUUGGGCCAUUUCCGAUCAAUAGCCGUAAGGAUUUAUUUUGCAUGAUUGUGAUGUGGUCUCAAACUUGAGCUUAAUUGAAUAUUUGAUUUAUCUAGAUUUGUGGUAGAUUGACCUUAUUUUAUGCUUUGAUUUACUCUAGUAAUCCGUUAAUUAAUUUAUUUUCAUCAUCCUAGUUUAGGCCAUCUGUCCUGCAUCGGUGCUUUACUUUGUUCCAUUGUUGUAUCGAAUAGAAAGCACAUUUUUUCAUUGGACAUUACCUCAAUAAGAUUGCCUUAACUUUUGGAACUUACAAGAUCUCUGUCUCAAAGGAACACUGGCACCUGAGCUCGGCAAACUUAGUCACAUGAAAUAUCUAAAUGCCUCAAUGUUGGUCUCUGUGCAGUAUCUUACACAAUAAUUCUUUCUCUGGGAUCAUUCCCAAGGAGAUCGGAGAACUGAAGGAGCUAGAGGUAUUGGAUGUGGGAAACAAUAAUCUUAGUGGGCCACUUCCAUCUGAGCUCAGCAGUGCUUUGUCCCUUCAAAUCCUGCUCCUCAGCCACAACAGGUUCUUGAAUAGCAUGUCUGCUGAACUUCAUGAGCUCAGUAUGCAUUCCAAGUUUCUCGUUGAUGAGAACAUGCUAUCUGAUGCUGCACGAGAAGCAAUCUGGAACCAAAGAUACAUUGCAAGCAUUUCUCUUUCAUGUUGGCUUCUUCCUACCACUGUUAUAUCCAUCAGGAAUAUCAAGGAAGUUAAAGAUGCUGGCAAUCGGAGAUUGCUGGAGCAUGAGGGUGGAUCUGCUCCGUCCAACGGCAAAAGUGAUAAGAAAAGAAAUCACACUCAUUCAUCACCGUCAUCUUCUCCAUCACCUUCGCUGCCACCGUCCCUUGCUCCAUUGGACACUACUACUACUGACUCUCCACCACCACGUCUUUCGUCGCCAGUGCAUUCACCCGCUGCAAGUCCGUCACCAUUAGGGAGCACAGCUUCUGGAUCACAGAAACAUACGCUUUUGUGGAAGAUGUCUUUAGUUUUAGGGGCUUCCUUUCUUCUUACCGUUUCUAUCAUAGGUGUUCUCUUUUGUCGAAAACAUAAAGUUGUGACCGUCAGACCUUGGGCCACAGGUUUAAGUGGGCAGUUGCAGAAAGCCUUCGUAACAGGUGUACCAAGCCUCAAACGACAGGAGAUUGAAGCUGCUUGUGAAGAUUUCAGUAACAUUAUCGGUUCUUCACCGGAUAGCAAAGUGUACAAAGGGACGCUGUCAAAUGGAGUUGAAAUAGCGGUGACGUCUACUGCUGUGGCGUCUGUCAAGGAUUGGUCGAAAAAUUUAGAAACCCACUUCAGGAAGAAGAUAGACACAUUGUCGAAAGUGAACCACAAGAAUUUUGUGAACCUACUUGGGUAUUGCAAAGAAGAGGAGCCUUUCACAAGGAUGAUGGUUUUCGAGUAUGCCCCAAAUGGAACACUCUUUGAGCAUCUACACAUAAAAGAAGCCGAACACUUGGACUGGGCGACAAGGCUGCGUAUUGCAAUGGGAAUGGCAUAUUGCCUUGACCACAUGCACCAGCUCAAUCCACCCAUUGCCCAUAAGAAUCUACAAUCAAAGACUGUCUAUCUAUCUGAUGACUACGCGGCUAAGAUAUCCGAAUUCACUUUUUGGAAUGAGGUGACCACUGUCAAGAAGCGUUCGAAUGAUACGGAGCUCUCAAACAUGUCGCCAUCAGAACUGGAACACAAUGUUUACAGCUUCGGUGUGGUAUUAUUGGAGAUGAUGUCGGGUAAGCUCCCAUUUUCAGAGAAUGAAGGCCAACUGAUUGACUGGGCAUUGGAUUAUCUGAGUAAGGCACGGCCCAUCAGUGACUUGAUGGACCCCACCCUUAAAGCUUACCAAGAGGAGGAGGCCAGUGCACUGUUAGGUGUGAUACUACCUUGUAUCAAUCCCAAUCCAAAGAAGAGACCGUCGAUGAGGGAGGUGACUGCUCGGUUGAGAGAAAUUACAGGAAUGACGCUGGAUGCAGCGACUCCAAAGCUAUCUCCUCUUUGGUGGGCAGAGCUUGAGAUUCUUUCUACUUCUGAUGCAAGCUAAGUAGUUCUCUUUCUGCUGUUUUAGCUUUAGAAGCAGCUGUGGGUAUUUAGUUUGCAGUAGUGAUACCUGUAUAUAUUAUGCCAUACACAUGCCAAUUCAGCAUGCUCAUGUGAGAUCUGGCUCUUCCAUCAGGGUGGACCCCAAGCCAGAAAAAGAGGCCAGUCCACUCAUCAGAUCUAUGAACAAAAUGGAUGGUUGAGAAAGAGACUUGGUCAAUGGUCCUUGUUCUGCGAUUCAUGAGUAAUGUGCCUGAUUUUCGAGGUCAUGAUAUAUGGUGGUGCCCACCUUAUGAAAGGCCUCGAUGUUGCACGUUUGGCAUGUGUGGGGAGAGUAGGAUUCAAAAUCAUACUCUUAGCCAUAACAGGCGCUGUGUAUACCAUAGAUAAGAGGAGCUUCGUGUAGUGUUUUACGCCCCCUGGGGGGACUUUGUUGAGUGAGGCAUGUGAAUAUGCAAAAUAUGAAUAUACCUUUCUUCUUUUA